AUGAACAUUACAAAAUUACUUUUUUUGUUCUUAAUUAUGCUAGUAAAUGAAAUAAAAGGAGCAAAAUGUUCAAACGAAAAGGAAAAAUUUUCUCAAAACAUAAGUUUCAUACAAUCAAAAAUAAAAAAUGAUGAAAAAAUUAUGCCUGGUACUUUUGAUUUAUUUUCUGCUAAACCAACAUCUAUACAACCAAAUUUUAAUUUCUUCUUAGAAGAAAAUAGUAAUUUUUGGUUGCGUCGUACUUUAAAUAAUGAAAAAAAUAGAAAUAUAAGAAGAAAUUUUGCUGAUUUUCAAGAAUUAAGACAAAAUGAUAUACUAAGAUUUCAAGAGUUAAUGAUAAUACAAAAUGAACAAAUAAAAAUGAUAAAGAGUGUCAUUUUUUCUAUUUAA